AUGCGGUUGCUCAAUUCGCUCACGGCGGCGCUCCUCGGGCUCGUGUGGGGAGUCUCGUCCACUUCGAACAACCUGACGGACGCGGUAACAUGGGAUCAAUAUAGUCUGAGCGUCAAUGGCGAGAGGACUUAUAUCUAUUCGGCCGAGUUCCACUACCAACGAAUGCCCGUGCCCGAGCUGUGGCCCGAUAUCUUUCAGAAGUUCAAGGCGAACGGAUUCAACACGAUCAGCGUAUACUUCUUCUGGUCUUACCACAGCCCGUCUCCAGACGUAUACGACUUCGAAACUUCGGGCAAGAAUGUCCAACGCCUGUUCGACUACGCCAAAGAGGCAGGUCUCUGGGUCAUCGCGAGAGCCGGGCCGUAUUGCAAUGCAGAGACAAGUGGUGGCGGUCUUGCACUAUGGGGGUCUGACGGUAGCAUGGGCAAGCUUCGAACUGCUGAUGAGACCUAUCACCAGGCGUGGUUGCCUUGGGUGACGAAGAUUGGCCAAAUCAUUGCGGCGAAUCAAAUUACCCAAGGAGGACCGGUGAUAUUAAACCAAAUCGAGAAUGAGUAUCAGGAGAAUACACACUCUCCGAACGCUACGGAGGUGCUCCACAUGGAGCAGAUCGAGAAAGCGUUCCGAGACGCCGGCGUCGUUGUACCGUUCACUCACAACGAGAAGGGCAUGAGGUCGCAGUCCUGGUCGACGGACUACCAGAACGUCGGCGGUGCCGUCGAUAUCUACGGUUUGGACAGUUACCCCGGCAGCCUGUCUUGCACGAACCCCGACGCCGGCUUCAAUGUUGUCCGCACCUACUAUCAGUGGUUCCAGAACUACUCCUAUACCCAGCCCGAGUACCUACCCGAGUUCGAAGGCGGCUGGUUCUCGGCAUGGGGCAGCGGGAGUUUCUACGAUCAGUGUACGACGGAGCAUGAUCCUGCUUUCCCGGAUGUGUACUAUAAGAACAACAUCGGGCAACGCGUCACCCUUCACAAUGUCUAUAUGGCAUGGGGUGGUACUAACUGGGGUCAUUCCGCCGCACCGGUCGUUUACACUAGCUACGAUUACAGUGCACCACUUCGGGAGACUCGCCAGCAGUGGGACAAGCUCUUCCAGACGAAAUUGAUUGGUUUAUUCACUCGAGUGUCGAAGGACUUGCUACAGACGGAGAUGGUUGGAAACGGAACUGGAUACAAGUUGUCUUCAUCUUCCGGGUUCAGUUGGGUGCUAAGAAAUCCGGACUCGGGCGCAACCUUUACCACCAUCCAGCAAGCCAGCACCAAGUCCAGGAGCAAUGUCACCUUCGCUGUCGACCUUGAGACCAGUGCUGGAACGGUCACAGUACCGACAGUCGAGCUCUACGGGAGGCAGAGUAAGAUCUUGGUCACGGAUUACAAGUUUGGCGGCAACGAGUUGCUUUAUGCCUCCGCGGACAUUGCAGUCUACGGCAUCUUCGAUGUCGACGUACUCGUUCUGUACCUGAAAGAGGGCCAAACCGGCGAGUUUGCUCUGAAGAGCAACCAAACUCUGACAUACAAAGUCUUCGGUGAUAGUUCUUUUUCAGCGACCACAAACACCACGGAAAAUUCCUUCAGAUAUACCCAGGCUGCUGGGACGUCGGCUGUUCAGUUCUCCAACGGCGUAUUAGUAUACCUACUAGAUCAACCGACAGCAUGGAGACUCUGGGCGCCGGCAACGACGUCCAACCCGUUGGUGGCUCCCAAUGAGCAGAUCUUCGUCCUCGGGCCGUACCUCGUCAGAGACGCAUCUAUUACAGGUGGUCACCUUAUCGUCAACGGGGACAAUGACAAUGCUACGACACUUGAGGCAUACACCGGAAAACCCAUCGAGUCUAUUGUCUGGAACGGCAAACCGAUAAAGGCCGAGAGGACCGCUUACGGUUCUUACACGGCCCGCAUUCCCGGAGCCGAGUCGAGACGCAUUUCUCUGCCGGCGUUGACACGAUGGCGAUCUGCCGAUUCCUUGCCCGAGGCUCAGCCAGACUACGAUGACUCGCGGUGGAUUGUCUGCGACAAGAACUCAACAUUGAGUCCUACGAAGCCAGAAUCCAUCCCCGUCUUAUUCGCAUCAGACUAUGGCUUUUACCCCGGAGCCAAGAUCUACCGCGGCUACUUUGACGGGGUAAACUCGACCUCCGUGUACAUCUCCACGUCUGGUGGGCUCGGCUUUGGGUGGAAUGCUUGGCUGAAUGGGCAACUGAUUGGUGGCCACCCAGGAAACGGGAGUCUCACGAACAUCAACGCUACGCUCUCACUACCGACGUCCGCGCUGAAACUCAAGGACAAUGUGAUUACGGUCGUGGUUGACUACCACGGUCACGACCAGACAUCGACUGCCAAGGGUGUGGAAAAUCCACGGGGUAUUCUGGGAGCUUACCUCCUUCCUAGCGGAAAAUCUACCAGCACCGGGUUCAAGCAGUGGAAGAUCCAGGGGAACGCGGGAGGUUCUGCAAACAUUGACCCCGUCAGAGGUCCCAUGAACGAAGGCGGUCUCUACGGCGAGCGUGUCGGCUGGCACCUCCCCGGCUGCGACACGGGCUCCGGCUCGUCCAACUUUAGCGACUCGACGCCGCUCGAGGGCCUGGACAAGUCCGGCAUCCGGUUCUACACCACCGAGUUCGAGCUCGACCUCGACGAGGACCUCGACGUGCCGCUGGGCGUCGAAUUCUCGGCCGUGAGCGGGACGGUGGCGCGCGUCAUGCUCUGGGUGAACGGCUACCAGUACGGCAAGUACGUGCCGCAGCUCGGCCCGCAGACGAGGUUCCCGAUCCCGCCGGGCGUCGUCAACAACCGGGGCAGGAACAGUCUGGCGGUCAGCCUCUGGGCGCAGACGGACGACGGCGCGAAGCUCGACGAGGUCACGCUGUUCAGCUACGGGCAAUACCAGACGAGCUUCAAGUUCAGCCAAGACUGGAGUUAUCUGCAGCCAGGCUGGAGUAAUCGCGAAGAGUUUGCAUAA